ACCUCAAGUGUAAAGUCUAAACUCUGUCAUUAUUUUAUAUUCUCUUUUUGCGUAACUUUAUAUAAUCUCUCUGUUCAUCCUGUAUUUAGCAUUUAUGUACAGUCGAUGAUCAUUGAUUGCAACUUCGUGUGGUACGCCAUUACCUUAACUGAACGGCGAGCUACAUUCUACAAACGAUUGACGCUCAAGGAAGUAAUUGAAAGUUUGCAAAAAUGGUUAAGGCCGUGUGUGUUCUUCAGGGUGAAGUCAAAGGCACUCUCUACUUUGAGCAAUCGGACAAUUCUAGUCCAGUCAAAGUCACGGGUCAAGUAACCGGUUUAAAACAAGGACUGCAUGGUUUUCAUAUUCACGAAUUCGGUGAUAACACUAACGGUUGUACAAGUGCUGGGCCACAUUUCAAUCCAUUAAAAAAGGACCAUGGUGGUCCUGAUGCAGAAGUACGUCAUGUUGGAGAUUUAGGAAAUGUUGAAGCAAAUGCAAGUGGUGUUGCUAACGUUAAUAUAACUGACAAAGUCAUCCAACUCCAAGGACCGCACAAUAUUAUUGGCAGAACAUUGGUGGUUCAUGCAGAUCCAGAUGACCUUGGUAAAGGUGGAGUUGAAUUAUCAAAAACAACAGGAAAUGCUGGAGCUCGUCUUGCUUGUGGUGUUGUUGGAAUUACAGCCUAAAUAUAUAUUCUGUUAUAAUAUUAAAAACAAUACAAAUUACUAUUAGAAAUUACACAAUGUUACAUCUAUUGUAGUUUGAAUAUGAGUUCAAAUAGCAUUCCUAAUUUCGUAUAAUAAAUCUUUUACAUAUGUAAACCAUGGUACUGGUUCAAUAAAGCAAUAUAAUAA